UCGAUCGGAUGUCGUCUACCCGGACCGGAUGGUGUUCGUGUAGAGGAAGUUUUGUUUUGCGAGUUUUCCGUCCGAUACGGCUGACUGAGUGUUUAGCUUAAGCUCUAAAGAGAACACGAAAUGAUAGUAGUGUGAACUUAAUAACGGGCAACCGCACAAGUGUUGACGGAGAGCAUAAAAGCCCGAGGUGUUGAAGCGGCGGAAGUCAACACUUCAGAGUAACACGAGAGCACCUUGCUGCUAAGCUAGCGUUAGCUUCUGGUUUGCGCUGUGUUGAAGGGGCUCUCUGAGCUAACGAAGCCAUGGGGAACCGGGGCAUGGAAGACCUGAUUCCCCUGAUCAACAAGCUUCAAGACGCUUUCAGCUCCAUUGGCCAAAGUUGCAAUUUAGACCUUCCUCAGAUUGCUGUGGUUGGAGGACAGAGUGCUGGGAAAAGCUCAGUCUUGGAAAAUUUUGUUGGCAGGGACUUUCUUCCACGUGGAUCAGGCAUUGUUACCCGCAGACCUCUCAUUUUGCAGCUGGUCAACAAUAAAGCAGAAUAUGCUGAAUUCCUGCACUGCAAAGGGAAGAAGUUUGUGGACUUCGAUGAGGUGCGGUCAGAAAUUGAGGCUGAGACCGAAAGGAUAACGGGCUCCAACAAAGGAAUCUCCCCCAUCCCAAUUAACCUGAGGGUCUACUCCCCAAAUGUGCUGAACCUGACCCUGAUCGACCUCCCGGGCAUGACUAAGGUUGCUGUGGGAGAUCAGCCUGUAGACAUCGAGCACCAGAUCAGGGACAUGCUCAUGCAGUUCAUCACCAAGGAGAGCUGCCUGAUCCUUGCCGUCACCCCUGCUAACACCGAUCUGGCCAACUCAGACGCACUCAAGAUCGCCAAGGAGGUGGACCCGCAGGGUAUGCGAACCAUUGGAGUUUUAACAAAACUGGACUUGAUGGACGAAGGGACGGACGCAAAGGACAUCCUGGAAAAUAAACUUUUGCCACUUCGUAGAGGCUACAUUGGUGUGGUGAACCGCAGUCAGAAAGACAUUGAUGGGAGGAAGGACAUUCGUGCUGCACUGGCUGCAGAGAGAAAGUUCUUCCUGUCCCACCCUGCCUACAGACACAUUGCAGAGCGUAUGGGCACACCCCAUCUACAAAAGGCACUCAACCAGCAAUUAACCAACCACAUCAGGGACACCCUGCCUGGUCUGCGCAGUAAGCUGCAGAGUCAGCUCCUCUCUCUGGAGAAAGAGGUGGAGGAGUACAAGAACUUCCGUCCGGAUGAUCCAACACGCAAGACCAAGGCCUUGUUGCAAAUGGUGCAGCAGUUUGGUGUAGACUUUGAGAAGUGCAUCGAGGGCUCGGGGGACCAAGUGGACACCAAUGAACUGUCAGGAGGCGCCAAAAUCAACCGCAUCUUCCAUGAACGCUUCCCAUUCGAACUGGUCAAGAUCGUGUUUGAUGAAAAGGAGCUACGGCGAGAAAUCAGUCACGCAAUCAAGAACGUCCAUGGUGUCAGAACGGGGCUGUUCACUCCAGACCUGGCGUUUGAGGCCAUCGUGAAAAAGCAGAUCGUUAAGCUGAAAACGCCCUGUCUCAAAUGUAUCGAUCUGGUCAUUCAGGAGCUCAUCAACACAGUCAGGCAGUGCUCCAACAAGCUCAAUUCCUACCCCAGACUGAGAGAGGAGACUGAGAGGAUUGUUACCUCCCAUGUCAGAGAAAGAGAAGGAAAGACUAAGGAUCAGGUUCUGCUGCUGAUUGACAUUGAACUGUCCUACAUCAACACCAACCAUGAGGACUUCAUAGGCUUUGCUAAUCUUGACUACAGAAGGCUGGAUGAUGGUAGCUCCCCGCCGGGGUACAGCAACAACAGCGCCCAACAAAGGAACACGGCUGCAAACAAGAAGAGGGCCAUACCCAACCAGCUUGGCGGACUUGGAGAGGGCCAUGAGGAAAAGGUGAUCCGGAAAGGCUGGUUAACCCUCAACAUCAGCAUCAUGAAGGGAGGCUCCAAAGAGUACUGGUUUGUCCUGACUGCGGAGAACCUGUCCUGGUACAAGGAUGAGGAGGAGAAGGAAAAGAAGUAUAUGCUUCCUCUGGACAACCUGAAGAUCAGAGAUGUUGAGAAAGGAUUUAUGUCCACAAAGCACAUUUUCGCAAUCUUCAACACAGAACAGAGGAAUGUGUACAAGGAUCUUCGCCAAGUAGAGCUGGCUUGUGAUUCCCAAGAGGAUGUGGACAGCUGGAAAGCCUCAUUCCUAAGGGCAGGAGUUUAUCCAGAGAAGGACCAGGCGGAGAAUGAAGAUGCUGCCCCUGCAGACACAUUCUCUAUGGACCCUCAGCUGGAGCGGCAGGUGGAAACCAUCCGCAACCUGGUGGAUUCAUACAUCGGCAUCAUCAACAAAUCCACCAGAGACCUCGUGCCCAAGACCAUCAUGCAUCUCAUGAUCAACAGUGCAAAGGAUUUCAUCCACUCAGAGCUGCUGGCCUACCUCUACUCGUCUGGAGACCAGAACAGCCUCAUGGAGGAGUCAGUCGACCAGGCCCAGCGGAGAGACGAAAUGUUGCGCAUGUAUCAUGCACUUAAGGAGGCACUGCACAUAAUUGGCGACAUUAGUACAAGCACCGUCUCCACCCCAGCACCCCCACCUGUCAAUGACACCUGGAUGCAAGAAGCCAGCCCAACCCCUCAGCGCAGGCCGCCUGCUGCUGCUGCACCGCCCCCCAGCCGCCCACCUGCUGUUCGGGGCCCAACACCAGGACCACCUCUGAACCCUUCCCCUGCUUUCGGAGCUCCUCUUAACCCCUCUCCUGCAUUCGGUGCGCCACCAAUCCCCUCUCGCCCAGGCCCGGCCAUGAAUGCCUAUAACAGUGGCCAGGAUCCCUUCAGUGCACCCCCACAGAUCCCCUCCAGGCCAGCCCGAGUCCCACCCGGUGUGCCUAGCCGAAGACCCCCUGGCGCUCCUUCUCACCGGCCCACCAUUAUCCGCCCUGCUGAGCCCUCCCUGCUAGACUAGACCCGUGGCCCAGUCCACCUAAUUGUGUGUGUUUUGUGUGUGGGUUUGUCUAUCUGCACUCUAAAAGGCCAGAGGCGGGGGCUCGAGGGGAGGGGAUCAGACUUCUAGUGGUGCAUUUUGUGCAUUGUCCAGCCGCAUUAAUAUGUCUCUUCAAGCAAUGUAAUAAGCUGCUCAUACCGUCUUUAUCAGCGCACAUGAACGAGAGGAACGCCUUAACCACUUGAAUAUAACAUUCGAUUGCUGUGGAAAUGGUUCAUGACACAUACAACGCAGCUGAUUUCUGAGAUGCAUUUAGCUUCUAUCGGUAGCAGAUGAUGUAUCAAAUUCAGUUCAAGCCCUUUUCUCAUAGAAACAGCUGGUUUAUUUCUUCCAGACAGAAUCUCAGUCAAUAACUUAUUAACAGUUACAUGCUUUCUUUCCUCCCAGACCUUUUGUCUUUGGUCCAGAAGCCCCAGUCGAAUCUCUGUUAUAUACACACCUUAUGUGAUGUCAGUGUUUUACUGGGUUUUCAUUUCCUAACUGAUCUCAUAUGGAAAAAACGAAAGCUUCUAAUCACUGUUGUGGUGUCCAUCACAGUUUUUCCCUUCAGUUAUUUUAUCCGAGUGACUUUGUCCUUUUUAAUGAAUUUAAUAAACGUAGCUUUAAAAGAAAAUAAAUCCUAAUCACAGAAAGAAAAAAACAAAGAGUAUAGACACACGGGGCAGGGUUGUGUGAGACUGAGAGAGUAUCUUUAACCCCCUUUUUUAAAUUAUUCAUCCAAGAUGAAAAGAUGUCAAACAGAUUUACUGUUUCAUUUCCAGCACUUCUAACCCAGUUUCCUAUCCCCUCCCAACAAGCCGGACAUUACAGGGAUGUUGUAGUCCCUUACCAGAACACUAUGCACAGAAACCCGAGAGAGAGACUAAAGACUGUCUGCACUUUGUUGGAAGCUUUCUCUCUGCUAAUUUUGAGUUGAUAAAGUCUCGAAUUGUAAUCGAGGGGGGGGGGGGGGGGUAGAUGAAGAUCUGAGGUUUAGAGUAUAAAGAUGGUUUUAAGCAUUUAGGGGUCACAUCUCUCUCUGGGCUUAGUUGUCAAGACAUGUAUAAUUAUCACUUCUGCUUCCUUGCAUUGAAAUAACAUUGUAUAUAGCGGGACUACUCUGGGGAGUUAGCACUUGCAUCUCAUUUUAAUCGCACGGCGGUUGAUGACAAAAACAUGCUUAUUAUUCUAAUCAAAGCCCGAUAUGUUGAACCAAUAGUUGCCCCGUUAAAAGAAGCUCUAACUCUGUCGUUGCAUUGAUUAGCCUUGGAUGUAGAGGGGGAAAAGAUCGGUUAUCUACUGGUGCAUUAUUUAUAACCUGGGCAUUUGUCUUUCUUUUAAUGUUUUUGGUUGCAAUUAAAUCAGCUCUGUACAACUCCGCUCCCCAGCUUCUCCUAGACUCUUAAUCAAGGGUUCUUCUACAGGGAUGAGCUGUCUAAGUGUGUUGUAUGUGGGGGGAGGGGGGGCACAUUGUCUACACAGCUGUGGUUUUUUUGAUAACAAUGAGUAUAUUUUGAUUGCUCUUUGAGGGUAUUUGACCAAUUAAAAACAACUUUAAAAGCAGGGAGCGGCGUUGGGGCUACCAUGAUGUUUUGUGUUUUUGGUUUGAUCAGUAGUGGUGGUGAACAGGUGGUGGGGAUUGUUGGUGUUUGAAGGCACACCCUGACUAGAGAGGCAGUCUGGACUUUUCACUCUUCUCACUUCAGAGAGAAGCGUAAUCAGCCAAUCUGACAAGAUAAGAAACUUAAAAAAAAAAAACCAGAACUGUCCAAAUCCAGACUCUCCAGACAGCGUGUGCUUUUUCUUCCCCUGUGUUUUUCUGUGCAGGUCUGGCUUUCAGUGACAGUGCCUGAAUGAGCUUAACAAGCUCUUGGAAAAAUGUUCCCUUUACAUAAGUUCUUUCACAAAGACCUAGUAGGCAAAUCUAAAGUAGUUCUUGAAGGAAAAUUCCUAUUGGCCAAAGUUUGUUCAAAAUCCCAUGUGCCUGUCAUGUUAGCCUGCCCCUGUGAAGCCCGGACUGUAAAUACCCUGUGAUACAUUAGGUUGUGGCGACACUGCCUCCCUUCCUAAUGGAUGUACCCUGCUCCUUCCUCUUUCCCUCCCCUGCCUGAAUUUGGUAGAAGGGGUUGGAAACCAACCUGCAAAAAAAAAAAAACAUUUUCUUUUUGUUUUGCAAACCCUUGUCAAGUGCCUCUGUAGCAAAAUAAUGAUUUGAAUAAACAUGAACUGAUUUAGUAUGGCGAGUAAAUAAAGAGGUGUUGUGUACAAUAAAGGGACUGGCUCUGGUG